AUCCCCAGGCCCAGUUCCCGUCCUUAAACGAAUUUUCGGUGCUGGACACUAGCUUUUGCUGUACUUUCUUUCUGAGAGCUGAGCUCAUUAUUACUUUCCCUAACAUUUGAUUUGCUCCUCUCAUACACUCCUUCCUAUCAUCCAAACAUCCAACUAUUUGUUCAACAUGAAGACCGUCUAUCCCCUGCUCACAUUCAUUUCUGCAGCGCUAGUCGCUGGUGCUCCAGCACCUUUUGUAAAACCUGGACCCGUCGUCACUAGCGAGACCGAGGGUAUUGCCAUUCCUUCAACCAACUUUGGUCGCCGGGAAGAGAGUUUCAUUGAAGACUUCCAGAAGAAGGCUCUCCAGUUCCGUGAUUCCCUCCUACAUGCCCGGCAAGCCGGUGGCAAGGGUAAUGGUGGAGGAGCUGGAGGAGUUGGAGGAGCUGGAGGAGCUGGAGGAGCCGCCGGAGCAAAGGGUAAGGCAGCUGGAGGUGCCGCAGCUGGUGCAGCUGGAGGAGCGAAGGGCAAGGCUGCUGGAGCUGCUGCUGGAGCUGCUGGAGGAGCGAAGGGAAAAGCUGCUGGAGCCGCUGCCGCCGCCGCCACUGCCCAGAAAGGCAAGAAGAAGGGCAAGAAAGCCAAAGCCGCCGCCGCCGCUGCUGCUGCCGCAGCAGCUCAGCAAGCAGCAGCAGCUAACGGCACCGUUGUCGCUGAUCCCGCCGCAGCCGCAGCCGCCAAUACGACAGCGGCAAAUGGCGGCAAGAAGGCCGGUGCUAAGAAGGGCAAGGCCGCAAAGAACAAUAACGCUGCAGGAGGCCUUGAUAUCCAGGGCAUCGUUGACUCGAUACUUGGAGACAAUGCUGCAGGGGGUAUUGACCUCUCCAACCUCAACAUCGGCCUAAACAAAGCUCGCCGUGAUGAGAAAAGGGGACAGAAAGUACGCCGCUCCGUCCAGGUGUGGGAAACUGAGGCGAUGCGUGAUGCUGUGGGCGCUUAAUUGCACCACAUAGUACGUCUCACGAAAGGGGUUAUUCUUGUAUGAUGAGGACUU